AUGUAUGGAAUGCAGCAUGUACCAAAAGGGAGAAAUUUGCUUCGCAAUGCUAUAGUUUUCAAAGCUUCGUCUGAUUACCAGAUCCUUGGCCAAUCUUUCAACUGGCUGAGCUUCGAAGGCGUUACCGGUGUGUCCAUUAUUGGAGGUGCCCUUGAUGCUAAAGGUACUGCCUUGUGGGCAUGCAAGUUGACUGGAAGCACUGAUUGCCCCAACGGAGGAGCUACGGUUCGUAAUUUAUGCUUUCUUGUCGAUCUAGUGAAAUUUUGUUUAAAUUUGUUGUCUACUUUACCCUACCAGUCUCUUCGUGUUCUAUUGUUUCCUAAAUUCUGA